AAGACGACAGGCGGGUUCGGGAGGGGGCCAAGUCCGCCGAUGGGGGAGUGCGGGGUGCCCGCUGGUGUCCAGUUGCUGCUUCGCGCCUGCGAUCAGGGAGACUGCGAGUGCGCCCGACGAUUACUAGUAGGACCUUCGCCAACCGCGGGGGCCGGUGAAGAAGCGGCCGCGGAGGCUGGCAGCGGCUCGUCUAGCGGAGGUGGGAUUGGGGCUGCGGCGGACAUUCCUCCCGGCUCGGUGCCAGUGGACUGCACAGACGAGGCGGGCAACACCGGCCUGCAGUUCGCAGCGGCCGGGGGACACGAAGAGCUGGUGGGCUUCCUGCUGCGGCGGGGGGCCUCGGUGCAGAGCCGGAACCACUGCGGCUGGAGCCCGCUCAUGCAAGCAGCCAGGUUUGGACAUCUAAAUGUGGCUCGCAUCUUGCUGGAAAAUGGAGCUGACCUUAAUGCACAGAAUAAAUUGGGAGCCAAUGUACUCACCAUAGCAUCACGGGGUGGCCAUAUCAGUGUGGUUAAGCUGUUGCUGGAAUCUGGUGCUUAUAUUGACAAUUAUGACCACUUGAAUGUUAGCUUGGACAGCAGUAAAGAAGAAAUGCCAGCUGUCACUCCCCUCAUGACUGCUGUCCAACACGGACAUGAGGCAGUAGUCCAUCUUCUACUGGACUGGGGAGCUAAUUGUAAUUACUCAGUGAAGACCAUGGGCUGGACUCCCCUGAUGUUGGCGGCUGUUAGCGGAAGAGUUAGUUUAGCCCAACAGCUUAUGAACAAAGGAGCCAAUCCUGAUCAUCUGAAUAUUCUGCAUAAAACACCAUAUGAAGUGUCUGUUGAUUUCAAACAUGAAGAUAUGAUGGAUUAUCUGGCACCUUUGACAACAGUUAGGCCUCAGACAGAUAAGCAGAAGAGACAACCUGAUAUCUUCCAUGCUUUAAAAAUGGGAAAUUUUCAGCUGGUGAAAGAGAUUAUUGAUGAAGACCCAGCACAAUCCAAUAUUGUUAAUGAUGAUGGUGCUUCUCCCCUGAUGAUUGCAGCUGUAACUGGACAGUUGCCCCUUAUACAGCUGCUUGUUUCAAGAAAUGUAGAGAUUGACAAACAAGAUAAUGUCCAUGGCUGGACAGCAUUAAUGCAAGCCACAUAUCAUGGAAAUAAAGAAGUUGUUAAGUAUUUAUUAAAUCAAGGAGCUGAUGUCAACCUGCGUGCUAAAAACGGAUAUACAGCCUUUGACCUGAUAAUGCUGCUGAAUGACCCAGAUGCAGAACUUGUGCGGUUGUUGGCCUCAGCCUGCAUGCAAGAAAAGAAUAAGCAGAACAGCAAAGUAACUGUGCCGUUUUCCAGAAAUAAGCAGCCCAUAGAUAUUCCAUUGUUGCCAGAUGACAAAGGAGGAUUGAAGUCAUGGUGGAACAGAAUGUCCAAUAGAUUUCGCAAACUGAAGAUGACCCAAACCUUAAAUCAUGGAUUUUCCAUGAAUCAAUCUAUACCUUUUCCAGAAGAAUCAAAAUCCCCAUUUGACUGUACAAUGAAGGCUGCAUUACAAAAUGAUAAUGCUGUAAAUCAUGAUGCCACUACAGCUUGGGCAACAAAAAUUAUCCACAGUGCAAAGGCUGGAAAGGAUGAUGAGUUUUUGACCACAGUGUUAAGAAGUGGGGCUCCAUUUACACGGCUGCCCAAUGACAAAUUGAAAGCUGUUAUUCCACCUUUCUUGCCACCUUCAAGUUUUGAGUUAUGGAAUUCUGAUAGAACACAGAACAAAGAUGGUAGCAAAGAACAAACAAGACUUGGCUUUCCACACAGAGCUACAAGUAUUGACAAUAGUGCUGACAAAAUGUCCUUAAGUAGAGGUAGUAGACCCAUUAAACUGUCCACUUUUGCAAGAAGACCUCCGACUCCCAGCAAUUCAAGUAAUUUCAACCAUUCGCCUCAUUCUUCUGGUGGAUCCAGCAGCAUAGGAGGAGUUAGCCGGCAUGGUGGAGAACUGCAUAAUAAAUCAGGUGGCAGUGCGGAUAGUGUUUUAUCUCAAAUUGCAGCUCAAAGAAAAAAAGCUGCUGGUAUAUCUGAACCGAAACCAAGCCAACAGCUAAUUACAGUAGGUUUAAUUUCAUCCUGUCCUCCUGAUGUGGAAAAUACACAGACCAUUGGAAAUGGACCUGUUCUUAAGGUAAAACAGAAAUUGGACGUGAACCAGAAACCUCCAUCUGAGAAUUCUUCUACAUCUAAAAGCACAUCCCCAACCCUCACACCGUCACCAUCUCCGUUACCAUCCCCCAAGAUUCAAAGUGCAGGGUCUUCACUUUCUUCCUCUCACAGGCAAGGGAAAAGCAGUGGUGGCUCCAGCAGUGGGACUUUAACUGAUGAAGAUGAACUCACAGGCAUCCUGAAAAAACUCUCACUUGAAAAGUAUCAGCCUAUCUUUGAAGAGCAGGAGGUGGAUAUGGAAGCUUUUCUCACUCUUACAGAUGGGGAUUUGAAGGAACUGGGAAUUAAGACUGAUGGUUCUAGACAACAAAUUCUGGCAGCUAUUUCAGAGUUAAAUGCAGGAAAGGGACGAGAGAGAAAAAUUUUACAGGAGACCAUACACAACUUCCACUCAUCUUUUGAAAGCAGUGUCAGCAACACAAGCCCUGGGAAACCACAGACACCUGGAUGCUGGGUAAGACCACAGGAGCCAUCUCCUACCAAGAGGUAAACUUUGAACUGAAGUGUCAGAAACAUGGAAUCCAGAUCAAGUACACCUUUACAACAUCUCGUUGUGGAUUUUGCUGGAAAGAUAUUGUGUUAACAGCAUAUACUAUACUUCACUUGCAAAAUAGACUUGGCUUUAAUAAAGCUGGCCAUAUUUGAAUAGUGUGGUCAUUAUUUUACUGAAAUGAGGAAAGAAAAUAUUACAGAAUAUGUACAGGCACUGUAGUAGCUGAAUAACAAGAAGUGUUACUUCUCAACCUGGAGGACGGGAGUUCCUUGAUAGGGAUGAAAAAUGAACUGGGAGCCAAUGAAGUUCAUAAAGAACUGGUAUGAUGUGUUCAUACGGUUUAAUUCCAGCCAGUAUUCUUGCUGUAGCGUUUUGUAUUAUAUAUAGUUUCUGAAUUGCCUUCAGGAGCAGCCUUGCAUGUAAUGUGUUGCAUUUAUCUAAAUGGGAAGGUACCAGGGCAGGGAUUCUGUAGCAAGAUAUCUUGCCUCAGCUGGUGAAAGGUUCUUCACACACAGAGACCACUGGUGCCUUGAACAUCAGAGUUGGAUUUAGAGGCACCCCCUAGCAACAAAUAUUUUAGGGGGAGUGCAGCUCUAGAAUAGAUAGAACUCCAUUUUUCUUGACAGAUAAACCAUUCACUAAUAGGACCAUUCUUUUGCAUCAUUUUUUUGGCUCUAAUCCAGUCCAUUGCAACCAGACAUUAAUUCAGCAGUUCCACUCCCUCACGUGGUUUCAGUCAAACAGAGAGAGCUCACUAUCAUCAGCAGCAGACUGAUGACAUUUUAGUUUAAAUCUCUGAAUACCAUCUUCCAAAGAUAACAUAAAAACACAUCCCAGCAUUUCAGUAUGCUGAUUAUGUGGUUAUACUGUUGCAGAUUCAAGUGGGUUUGAAAGGAACUUUAUGCUCCUGUGCCAUGUUUGGCAAAGAGGAAAAUUUUAAAAAUAAACAAUGAUAAGACCAAAAUAUUCUAUCUUGUAAAGCAUCCUAAAAUAGAUCUCUGGAAGAUGAAAGGGCAUGAACUGAUUCUUUUAUUGAUUAUGUCCCAUCCGGUCAGUGUCAACUCUUACCAAUCACAUAGAUUUUCUCCAGGAGGAUCUGUCCCCAACCUGGUCCUUCAAGUCUUCCAAUGGUGUGCCCAUUACCAUUGUAAUUAAAUCCACCCACACUGCUGCUGAUCAUCCUUUUCUUCUCUUUCCUUCCACCUUUCCCAGCAUUAUGACUUCUCCAGAGAGCUAGGUCUUCACAUGUUUCCAAAGUAUAGUAACUUAAGCUUGAUCAUUUGUGCCUUGAGUGAGAAUUCAGAGUUUUGUUCAAUGAUCCAUUUGUUUGUUUUCUUGGCUAU